UCCAUUAGUCCCUGCUACACUCUUAUAUAUACUGUUUGCUGGGACUCAUUGACUUUUCUAACAUUACAACUUGCCUUGUGCUCCAGAAGUUAUAAAGGAGAGAUCUGGUGAUUACAAUUUUACAUUUUGUAAAACAUGAAUGAAGCAGAAUCAGUAUCUUGUCCCACCUGCUGGUAUAUUUAAAAAUAGGAUUUGGCAAAUCUUUUCCCAGCUGAAUCACGAAUCCUUCGAUCUAUUUCCUAAAUUAGGAAGAGAGGAACAUUUCCUGCAUUGUUUUUAUUGGGCAGAAUUGUCACAUGGUACAGGCACACAUAUAAAUACGUGAUAGACUUUACCCAGAGAAGAAAAAUGCAUAAGGAACAUCAUCAGCUGGGCUGAAAAUUGUAAGUGAAAUUCCAGGGUAAACACCAUACUGGUAUAGUGAAGAGAGGAUGGCAUUCUUGUCAAUCCAUUGGAGCCUUAUAAUUAUAUUUUCCCUAAUGGUACUUCCAGUCACACAGACUGUCAAUACUAAGCCCAACAUUGUGCUAUUCAUGGCUGAUGACCUUGGCAUUGGUGAUAUUGGCUGUUAUGGCAAUGACACUAUAAGGACACCUAAUAUUGACAGACUUGCAAAGGAAGGCCUGAAACUAACCCAGCACAUAUCAGCUGCACCACUCUGUACACCAAGCCGAGCUGCAUUCAUGACUGGACGAUACCCGAUAAGAUCAGGUAUGGAUAUCACCAAUGGAUUUCGAGUCAUUAUAUCAACAGGAUCAUCUGCUGGGCUCCCUCCUAAUGAGACAACAUUUGCUACAAUACUACAACAGCAAGGCUACUCCACUGGCCUUAUAGGAAAGUGGCACCUGGGUGUGAACUGUGCGUCACGUAAUGACUUCUGUCACCAUCCAAACAACCAUGGUUUUAAUUACUUUUAUGGCAUGCCCUUUACUCUUUACAGUGGAUGCAAGCCAAACUUUACUGUUGAAACUUCGAAAUCACCAAAACCACGGAUUACUUUUUUCACUCAAGUUAUCAGUCUUGGCGUGCUUACAUUAAUUGCUCUGAAAUAUAGCAAACUCCUUCCCGUUAAUGGAAUAUUCCUAGCUUCUUGUGUAGUCUUUAACCUAUUGCUUAUCAUCUAUUGGUACGUGUGGUUUCAAUAUAGUCAUUACUGGAAUUGCAUACUCAUGAGAAACCAUCAAGUUACCGAACAACCAAUGAAUACUGAAAGGACUACGUAUCAAAUACUGAAAGAAGCGCAUUCAUUUAUUGAAAGAAACAAGAAUGUUCCUUUUCUGUUAUUUGUUUCAUUUUUACAUGUUCACAUACCACUCAUUACCACAAAGAGAUUUACUGGGAGAAGCAAACAUGGAAUUUAUGGGGACAAUGUAGAAGAAUUGGACUUUUUGGUAGGUUCGGUGGUUGAUGCUAUUGAUACAGCAGGCCUGAAAAACAACACAUUAAUAUAUUUCACCUCAGACCAUGGAGGGCAUUUAGAGAUGACUGAUGGAAAACUCCAAUUGGGUGGAUGGAAUGGAAUUUACAAAGGUGGAAAGUUUAUGGCUGGUUGGGAAGGUGGCAUAAGAGUACCAGGCAUAUUCAGAUGGCCUGGAGUCAUAUCUCCUGACACAGUAUGUGAUGAACCAACAAGUCUUAUGGAUAUUUUCCCCACUGUACUUCAUCUAGGAGGAGGAGAAUUGCCAACAGACAGGACAAUCGAUGGUCGGAACCUAAUGCCUUUACUGAAAAACCAAACAUUGCAUUCUGAGCACGAGUUCUUAUUUCACUACUGUGGGCCACACUUGCAUGCAGCUCGGUGGCAUGAAAAAGAAAGUGGUGCUGUUUGGAAGGCUCACUUUAUUACCCCAGUAUUUUAUCCAGAAGGUACUGGAGGCUGCUAUGACAUAAGGAUUUGUCCAUGUGGUGGGGAUCGUGUAACAUACCAUGAGCCUCCAUUGUUAUUUGAGAUCUCAAAAGACCCUUCUGAGUCCAGUCCACUCCAACUUGAGUUAAAGCCACAAUAUGUGCAAGCAAUUAAUCGCAUUAAACAAGCAAUAGCAGAACAUCAGAGAACAAUAACCCCAGUACCACAACAGUUGACUUUUAUGAAUAAUCUUUGGAGACCAUGGCUUCAGCCAUGUUGUGGGACAUUUCCUUUUUGCUGGUGCGACAAAGACAUUAACAUGACUUCGGCAGACUUUACUAUGUGAACAUAUUCAGUUAUAUUCUACAUUCUGUUUGGAGUAUUAUCCCUUUAACUAAUCUUGACUGUAAUGAUGAUGAUGAUCAUGGUAGAGAUUAUGACGUGAGACUGAUUUAUUUGCUUGCAGUAUACCAUUCAAAUGCAUGUUUUAUUGUUAAAGACAUUUACUAUGGAUAUAGCCCAAAAUCUAAUGAGCUGGGUAGAAUAUUUUAAGUAACACUGGGCAGGUGUAUGUUCUGUAUAGUAUAAUAGUUUCCAAGUUCACUAGAUUGCAGAUAAACAGAGCAAGGGAUCAUUGGGAGAAUAACAGAAAAUGGCACAAGGUGUUCUCAUAGAAAGAAAAUACCAGACAUUGUAUAUUUUAGAAGAGUGCCAAACCCAGGUAAAAAGUCAGUGAUUUUAUUAAGGGGGUUGAGGUGGCAUAACAAGCCCUCCCACCAAGUGACUUUAACUUUCCUUGUCCUUUUACAGUAUGUAAGUAAUAGGAUCUCUAUUAAUGUGUCAUUAUUAAUUUGAGAAGAUUUAAAUGUUGUAGCUAAGAAUACAGGCAGAAUAAAUGGAAGUUGGCAUCAAAGAAACUCAUUCAAUACCUUCCAUAACUACCUCCAAAAUGGUUUCAUAAGCAGACAGUCCCAAAAAUAUGUUUACUAGUGACAUGGUUCUAUGUGCAUCUUUAGAAUCAAUUAUCCCCGACUUAAUCCCAUCUAACCUGGUCACCAACAGUAACAGCCAAGUCACCUGAGAUCACUAAUUUGCACCCAAAUCCUUU